AUAAGUAUGUAGAUAUAGACAUUUAACUGCAUAUUACACGUCUCUACAUGCCGCCAUUGUAUCUCGUAUCACUUCCAUCGCAUAAGAAAUAUUAUUUCAUAAAUUGUUGAAUUGUGCCUGUAAAAAUGAAGGAUUACUAGUGAUUUAAAAAUAGUUUUACUUGUUUUUACAGAUUUGUGUAUUUUUUGUUAUAAAGGACUAUACAGAAGCAUAUACUUCAAAUCCGAUGUGAUUAUAAUUUUAAAACAAUUUCUCCGCCAUUAAAAUAUUGUGUAACUGUGCAUAAUUCGAAUAAGGAGGAUGAAAACAGAAGUUAAGGCAAUGAAGAGGAAAUUUUUAGCAAGUAGUGACGUGUGUAUCAACAAUAACUUUAAAAUGGCGGAUGCUAGAGAUCCUGUGAAAAAGAAUUGUGAUAUAGAUGAUAAUAUAACAUCACAUGGCGCCUCUAAAGUUGUUGCAGUAGAACUAAAUAAAAAAUUACCAAAAGCGAAGGAAAAUGAACAGGACUCGAUGCCGUCUGAUGAUGAGGAUGGUUAUCCAGAUUUACAUCUUGAUCCUGAUGUUAUAGCUCAACGGAAGAGAGACAGAAAAAACAAAAUAGAAAAUAUUGGGAAGUCGAAUAGUUAAACAAAAGAAUAACUUUGAUGUAAAUCUUAAUACCGCAGUGAUUAUUUUGAAACUGAUACGUUGUUAAAUUGAAACUGAAAAACAGCCUCCAGACGUUUUAUCAUUCAAAUGACCUUCGUGGUAAUUAUAUGAAUAUUUUUAUGUACAUUGAAGAUGUAUGAAAACUUGCCUUAGAUAUGUUAGAGUAUGCAUUUUGUUGUUGUGUCCCAUAAGACGUGAAACCUGUAUUUAUUACGAAAUUUGUUCAUUUUGUGCUUUUGUAUUAUCAUAUCAUAACAAGACCUUGUGUGUGCAAGUUCAAAUAUCACCUUUUCAAUUUGCAUUGAAAUCUAAAGACUACAGGAUUGAAUGACUGCAUGUAUCAAUGUAUGAUUGAGACUAGUUUUAUUGAUUAGAAAUAAAAUGUUGUACAAGA